GAUAACGAGAUAAGAUAUUCGAACUCGUUCUUCGCGUUGUUAGCGUAACGUACAAUUUUUUAUUUAGGCUCAAAAAUAUCGUUCUAACGAUUUCGAUUCACAGUAACACACAAGACACUAGGGGAUGAUUCUAAGGGUAAUUACCGAAAAAUCAAUGGCGACAAGUACUGUAAUUUGAGAGAAAAAUGUACGUCCAAAUAGAAGUAGAUUACUUCGAUUUAAGUAAAUAAAUAUUGAGGACACCGUGGAAUUUGCACUUUAGUUCCGUGUUUUGAAUGCACUGAAUAAUAAUGUGCAUAAAUUUGUUGUUUAUCAGUUAAGUUAAACUGCGUAUAAUAUGGUAGAUUAUUCCCAGUAGAUGGGGUUCAGUGUGCAAGCCUAUACUGUAUAUAUUGUAUUGGGUGAUUCCCUAAAGUUAUAGCGAAAUGAAAGUGAAAAAAGCGAUGAGGAAAGCUGCGAAAGCGACAGAAUCAUCCGAUUCUGAUUCAGAAUACAACAGUUCAGACGAAGAAUUACGGGAAGCUUUCGCGAAAGGUUUACUAAAACCCGGUCUCAAUACAGUGGCAGAGGAGACAAAUAAACAGUACAAAAAUUGUGUAACUCUUAUGAAACAGAAACUAGAUGAAAUUAAAUUAACUUUGCCAUGGGUAGAAAGAUUAGACAUGAUAAAUGUACCAGCACCUUUAGCGCCUGAAUUAGCUCUGCAAAUGCAGGAGCAGGAAGUGAGGCGCUCAAAGCAGUUGAAGGGAAAUAAAAAGUUACCUCAGUAUGAUCCAGCGGAUGAUCCUGUUCUAAAUGACUUUCGUAGAGAGACGAUGUUCCAUAGACAAGCCCAAGGUGCUGUUAUGGAUGGUAUUAUGCGAUUGAAAAAGCUGGGAAUACCAACAACUAGACCAGAUGACUAUUUUGCUGAAAUGGCCAAGACCGAUGCGCAUAUGCACAAGGUCAGAGAGAACCUCAUGAAGAAACAAGUGAUCACUCAGAGGACUGAGAAAGUCAGGCAAAUGAGGCUGCAGAGGAAAGUGGCAAAACAGAUGCAGGUGGAAGCAACUUUGAAGAAGCAUGCUGAAAAGAGGAAAUUAAUGGAGGAAGUGAAAAAGUACCGUAAAGGCAUCAGGCAGGAUCUCGAUUUUCUCGAGGACAAAAAGAAGCCUCAGCCGAGAAAAGUGGAUCCGAAAAUAGCGGCCAAACGAAAAAUGAAGGACUCCAGGUAUGGUUUCGGUGGUAAGAAACGAGGUAACAAAAAAAAUACGAGAACUAGCUCCAUGGACGUUUCGGAAUACAAGAGGCCGUCGAAACCGGGGAAAGAUUUGAAAAAGAAAGGGGGAAACGUGAACAAAAGAUUGGGCAAAAGCAGAAGGACUCAGAUGAAAGCGAAAAAACGAAGACAACAAAAGUAAUUUAGGAGACUCACGUUAUUGUCUACAAUUGACUCAAGCGCCCAAGCAUUUGUACAGAAAUUAUUUGUCUAAUAAAUGAAUAUUUCCGUUA